GUAUGUUUUCUUAACGUAUGAGUGUUCUUUCGGAAGGCCGGCUCUUAAGUGCCGCGGCCCACCGUGUGCUACGUUCUACCCUUGUUUUGCCUGAAAAUCUAUAUACUCCGGAGAGGAAGCGUCCGGUUUAUGUUACUCUUCCUCGGAAACGCUACGAUGGAAAUCUACCUUCGACCGUUUCAUUAUUUCCGUCUCCGCAGACUCGUGUUCUAUCGAACGCAUUCGGACGAAAGAAACAAAAAGAUUUCAAUGACCGCGUUAGCAUAACGCCUCUACCUAUUGUACAAAUCAGCUGGGUGAUCUAGAGAAAAGACAGUACGCUUUUGUGUUAAUUAAUGUGUCUAGAAUAACGAACGCCGAACGAAUCGUCUACGGAAAUAUCGCGGACGAUCCGGCUUCAAGGAUCGCUCAGAACUUCAAAAUUAAUUCAAGUAAUAAAUCGAUGAUCUUUUUACUGGCGUCGGCGAGUACUCGGUGUUUUCUCAUGAGACAUCAAGCUCUCUCCCUGAAUCUCUCGUCCUUUCCCGUCCAAACGACUCUCUGUGCGUAUACAUGUCGGAUCCGCCUUGCGGAAGAUCGAUACGUUCCCGUCACGGGGGUCGGUAAUCAAAGAAAUUGCUCGCUUAACGAAGAUCUUCACCUUUUUCUUGAGGAUGAUACAACAGUAUGGAAACAAGAACACCGAGAGGCCUGGUUGUUCUCGAUUGGCUCUUCGUCCACGAGGGUGGCGGCAUUUCUUCGCGUUCGGAGCCAAUCCCGGCGUGUUUCUUCUCUAAAAAUACAUUUUGAAUCAGUAGGAGGAGAUGAAGGAACACCUCCUUCGCCACAGGAAAAAGAUUCCUCUAAGUAUAUAACUCAUUCAACAGUGCAUCGAGCACGCUUCGUCCAGGCAGGCAGUGUGCAGAAAUUCGGGAGCGGUUUCGAAGACUGUGAAGUUGCUUGAUAUGAAAUCCAUUGUAUAUUUUUCGUGAAAUAUUCGAAACCGGUUAAGAUAAGGAACUCGUAUUUCAAUGAAGUGGCUUUGGAGGUGCGCUAAGAUGGAAUACCGCACAACGUUUUGCGCUACGUUUCUCACAGCUCUGAUCAAUUGAACUUGGAAAGGUUGAUCACACAGAGAGACAGCGUCGAGUAAACUCGAGUUUGCCGAAGUGAAUAUUAGUAAUUUGGGAGAAGAAUAUUAUUGCCUGAGGGAUACUCGGCGAGCAUUCAAAAUGAAAACGGAGAACAACGGUUCUAGCCAAGUGCAUUCCAGCAUGGAACAACGUCUGAGGAGUCCAAAGUGCGCGAGAUGCCGGAACCACGGUGUGAUUUCUGGUCUGAAGGGUCACAAACGUUCGUGCGCGUGGAAGGAUUGCCGUUGUCCUUGUUGUUUGCUCGUGGUUGAAAGACAGCGGGUGAUGGCAGCGCAGGUAGCACUGAGAAGACAACAGCAGGCACAAGGAAAUUAUUUCGGUGAAAAUGUCUCGGCCGUCUGCCAUGCACCCAUGGACACUUCCGCCUCGCCGUACUUGUUGAAGACUGAUCAAAAUCCUGCUUGUCGCAGGACAAAGAACUUCCAGCGUCAUCAAUUGCACUUCACGCAGACCAGCAUCAGUGUAACGCAAGGGUUUUAUGGGUUGAAGGCUAUUCACGGCUUACCCACAGCAUUUACCGCAGACGCGCCCUUGUUGAAUGGUUUGUCGCAUAAUGAGCAAGACUCUGAAAAUUCCAAGAAAUUAGAGUCCUUUCCAACUACAUAUUCCCCGAUUCCUUGGUUUGAAAAUGUUCCGGAGCCGCGGAAGAUUAAGAAGAACUUCAACAACUUCGCCUCCGCCGUAACAGACCUCAGUGACAUUUCCACAGCUACUGGCGGAUCUUGUUUGGAGAAAAAAUCAACGAUCUCUUUUAGCGUGGAAUCUAUCAUCGGAACAAAGUGAUACCAAACGACUGAUUUAUCUUCGGCUGAAGAUCGCACAUCGUUAUUGUAAAUAGAACUUACACUCUUGACUUAUUUAAACCUAACGAUUUAUAGAUUAAACAAAAGUAUGAGUAAUUUCUUAAGAAUUCUUUUUUUUUAAGUCUGCAGUGUGCUUCUAUUUUUGCAUAUCACAUAUUAGUUGGACAAUCGCUAAUGCGUUAUAUAUUUAAAAUACAUUAUUGUACAUUAACAUUGCAAUAGACUUAUUUACUGCAUAAUCGCGGAAUAUUGUAUAAAAAUUCAAGCAUUAUUCUUUAUCGCCGACAACACUUUAAACGUGUUAUAGAUAUUAAGUAACAAAUAUACAUUUAUAACAUGUCCUAUAGUCUGUGUAAUAAUAAAUGAACAAAAUAAAUGUGAACACAUACUAAGGAACGCGUGUCGUUAAAUUCUGUAAAUUCACACUAUUUUAACUGAUAAAAUGAAGUGUGAAGGCACAUCAUUUGUCGCUUUCAAGUGUCUCGCUACAACGUUUCAUAUACGUAUCCAUUUCAGAAAAGUCAGAUAAAGUAGUGUGAAUUAUUUCGCAUAAAAUACUUGGCCAUUUAUUCUCAAGAAGUUGUAGUUUUUGUAUUGCGUCUACAGUGAGAUUAAUCAGACUUAACAGAUGCACUUUUCCCCUGUGUCGCCAAAUAAGAUCUUCCUGUAAUAAGAAAAAGGAAGAAAUUCUGUGAGAAAAAAGAAAACUUGAGUCUUCUAUUAAAUUAUUGCUAAAAGUUA